AUGCUCCCGACCGUGGUCCUUGCCUCUGCCCUUCUCUGCGCCGUGGCUGGCCAGGGGUGCUUGACCUGGGGAGGGAUCAGGGAUGUCACGCACCUCAUCGACAGCCUGCAGAAAGAUCCACUGUCAAAAUGCAGCUGCAGCGGCAAUGUGACCGAGUGCUUGUGUCUACCCAUUCCUUCUGACAACUGCACCACACCAUGCUUCCAGGAGGGGCUGGCCCAGAUGACCAACACCACAGUGGAAACAAGGUUCCCCCUGAUUUUCAAUCGGGUGAAGAGGGCUGUUCAAAAGCUGAGGCACGACAAAUGUCCACAUUUCUCCUGCAGCCCUCUGUGCAACCAGACCACCGAAGGCAACACGCUGACGUUUCUGACCAGUCUCCUGGGGGUUUUCCAGAAACAAAGGAACGAGGGCCAAGUAUGAAGAUGAAGCAGUAUUUAUUCUAUUUAUUGUAUUUUAAAAGCCUCCUCUUUAAGUUGUUACAGUUUAAAAAUCAAGCAAGCCAUGCUAAAUC